CUUUUAACAGAACUAUAUACAGAUAAUGUAUAUGCAUAUGCAUUAUACAAAACUCUUGUAAAAGUUGAUUCUCCAUUGACUGUAGGCUUAUACUCAUCAUGUCACAGCAGGAUUAAAAUGAUUCUCACAAGCAUUGAAGGUCACAUGAACGAUGAGACAAAGAGAAAAGAGCAGAAGUGUAACAGAAGCAGGUCCUCUAUUGGGAACCUGAUUUCACUAAUCUUUCGUCUCCUUUUCUAUCGACCUGUUUGCACAGAAAAAAAAGAGAGAAAGAACGGCAACCGCUAUGUGUUUGUGAGGUUCAGUGCUUGGCAAUUUGCAGGCAGUGACUUGCUCUGGGCUGGCUUGGUGAUGCAGUUGUGCCAAACUCUUCAGGAUAAUUUUGGCAAGCUUCAGCUCAGCCUCUUCCGAGUAGCUCAGUAUGAUGAAGAAGAGGAUGGUAUGGCAAAGGCUGAAGAUAGCUUGAAAGCAUGGAGGUCAAAGAAGGUCUGUUGCUGCCCACUGUGGAUCUUUGUCCUGAUGAUACUGAUGUUUUGCUUCUUUGUUUUGGUACCAAUCAUUAUUUUUUCAUAUCCUGAACUAAAGCCUCAAGGAGAGGGGGAGAACAAUAAAGACUAUGGAAUGUUGGAGGGAUUUAUCUUUGCAAUGUUAGGAGUCCCGGCAGUUGGUGCUAUGAGAUUUAUUUUCAUGCUGAUGAAGAACCUGAUCUUUAGCCAGGAUGUUAAUGUCAGAAAUGCCUUGGACAACCAGAAGCUCAGUGAGCAGUUGGGUUUAAUGCAUGAAGUUUGGAAGGAGGUUAGGCUACUGUCAUGUUUUAUUCAGUUCAUGGAGAUUUUUGAGCAGAAAAAUAUAAAAGUAGUGCUGGAAAUCACCAACUUGGACCGCUGCACACCAGCAAAAAUUGUUGGGGUCUUGGAUGCCAUCAACAUACUUCUUUCUGAUGAGGAAAGCCCCUUCAUUUCUCUAGUUGCAACUGACCCAGAGGUUCUUACCCAAAAAAUUGAUCAGGCAAAGGAUUGCUUUAGUAAAGAGGACAGAGCUUUUGGCUUCCUGGACCGCAUAAUCACACUGCCCUUUACAGUACCCCCUUUAUGUGACAUGUCAAAGUGCAAAGUCUUCAAAAAUAUUUUAUUGGAUCAAUCUGAAAAACCUUCUGACAGCCAAGGAGAUGAGGUUAAGAAUUUAUGUAGCAUACAGACAUCUGUUUCUAUAGAUGAUGUUCCUUUGAUAGGGAGCAGCUUGAAUGAUGAGGACCAAGCCACUUACCCCGAAAGUUUAAUCAAGGAAGCACUUCAAAGCAUAUACUUGCAUCACAAGAAUAGGCUUCACACUUAUAUUUCACAAAACACUGUGUCCAUGAGGAGGGUUACCAACUCCAUCAGGGUGUCCAUGAUGGUCAUUAACACUCUUAAAGUUGAGGUUCCCCCACCUGAAAGAGUCGCUGCUUGGGUUGUGCUGGUAGACCGCUGGCCUUGUAGACUAAGUUGGAUACUUCAAUGUGUGGAAGAUGAACAUCAGUCUCUGCAGACUGAUAAAACUCUGGUUGACUAUAAUCACAGCAGGACUCUAUGGGAUGUGUUCGAUGAACACAGGUUAGAGCUCUACAUAAUUAAGGAGGAGGUGGAGAAAUUCCUGGAAAGAGAUGAUGAUCCUGAGUUGUUUGAAACAUUUCUCAGAGAUGACUACAAAUUCACAGUCACAGAGGCAGAUAAACUUAAAAAGUAUACAGUUAACCUGGAUUAUUCUAUCAAGAAUGAGUUGGCAAAGAUCAGGCAGUUGAACACUUUGAGAGGAUUUGGAAAAUAUACAGUCAACAAUUUGUCUCCAAACACUGUCCUCAACAUGUCUGUGGAAGAUGUUUGCAAUGAGCUAUCCAGGCUGAAGCUUCCUGAAAUAUAUAUUGAGACUGUAAAGCAAAAUAAUAUAAAUGGACAAACACUGCUUCUUAAUGACCCAGCUGAUCUGAAACAGGUCAUGCAAAUGACUCUUGGUGAAUGGACAGCUUUUAGGAUUCACUUUCUUGGAGUCAUGUCAUGUAAUCAUCUGAGUUAUAAAGCUAAGUCAGCACCAGUUAUCUCAAAUCCUAGCAUGUGUUAUAUGUCUCAUCAGUUUACAGCUGCCAAUAUUGAUGAGGAGGCUUUGAAAAUCCUUAGCCGGGAUGACCUGAAGGAUCCUUUUUCUGGCCCUGAAAAUUUUCUCCAAAGAAAGAAGCUUUGGGAUUUCAUCAGUCAAAAGUGUGAAAGUACUACUGACCAAGAUGCCAACACUUGUAGUGGAAGUGGGAUUAUACGCUCAACUAGUGCUGUGCCAGCAUGCCAACCUCGAGCCUCCACUCCCAUAUCCCAGACUACUGACAAAACAAUGAAAAUGCCAGACCCACCAGAGUAUGUGGUGUACACAGAUUCAGAGUUGGACAUGGUGCACAGUCAGUACUUUGAAUUGCUCCGCAAUGGAAAGGAAAAGGGCUGUAAGAUGUCUCAGGAGCUCUGUUGCAGACUUGUAAGGAACACAGUCACCAGCAUGGUUGCAAUCCUGUGUGCUAGUCCCAUGGGGAAAGAAAGGCUCAAGUCAGUGUUCAAUCACUUGACCGAGGUGCAGCUUACCGUGAACCUGUCAAAGUGUGAGUUUGCCAGGGCCAUGGUGACGUACCUCGGGAAAGUUGUUGGGAAUGGUGAAGAGAACACCCAGAUCGACGUGUUCCUGCGCGGUUUGUCCAACGCCAUCAAGGACGAGUUGGUAUCACGGGAACUGCAGUCAGACCUCUCUAGCCUCAUGGACCUCACCUACCGCAUCGAUGCUUAG